GCUCGCUUGUUCCGGCGCCGCGUGUUCAGCGCCGCCGCCGGAGCGGGCCCAGGAGCGGGCCCGGGAUCGGGAUCGGGACCGGGAGCGGGAUCAGGAGCGGGAGCGGCCCCGGCGCGGCCCCGCCAUGUGGUUCAUGUACGCGCUGAGCUGGCUGUCCCUGCUCAUACAGGUGGCCUUCGUCACCCUGGCCAUCGCGGCUGGGCUCUACUACCUGGCGGAGCUGAUCGAGGAGUACACGGUUGUCACCAAGAGGAUCAUCAAGUACAUGAUCUGGUUCUCCUCGGCCGUGCUGGUGGGGCUCUACCUCUUCGAACAGUUCCCUGGCUUCAUGGUGGGAGUGGGGCUCUUCACCAACCUCGUCUACUUUGGGCUGCUGCAGACCUUCCCCUUCAUCGUGCUCACCUCCUCCAACUUCAUCCUGUCCUGUGUGCUGGUUAUAUUCAAUCACUACCUGGCCUUCCAGUACUUCGCUGAGGAGUAUUACCUGUUCUCAGAGGUUCUUGCCUACUUCACCUUCUGCCUCUGGUUAAUCCCUUUUGCUUUCUUCGUCUCCUUGUCAGCGGGAGAGAACGUCCUGCCCUCCACAGUGCAGCCUGGAGACGAUGUGGUUUCCAACUACUUCACCAAAGGGAAGAGGGGGAAACGCUCUGGGAUCCUCCUCAUCUUCUCUUUCAUCAAGGAGGCCAUCCUGCCCAGCCGACAGAAGAUCUACUGAGCAGGGAUGCUGCACUGAAGGAGCGGGGCAGCCCCAGACUGUGCGGAGAGCUGUGGGGCAGCACCAGCCCCAGGCCUUGCUCCACUCCUCCUCCAUGUAUCCCAGCAGGAUUUUCCUGGGAAUUGUUGCUGGGAACGUUGGAACUGGGCACUGACUGGAGGUACCAGCCACACGGGGAAGGUUUCCUCCAGCUCCAGGGCUGUGUGCAAGAAGGAUGUUUGGUUCCAGCUGAGCACAAGGAGAGUCCAGGCUCCCCCCCUGGCACUGCCCAACCUGGGAGACGUUGUCACCUCCCAGGGCUUUACAACCAGGAGCUGGCACGUGAUGUAGUUUGGCUGCAGAACGUGCCUGACACUGAACUAAGGUUUACACAGAGCCAUUCAUUAAAGAAAGAAUAAAGUGA